UGAUCUCUCGAGAAUUGUGAACCUGCACCCCCGGUAUCAAGACACACUCAACAUUUGCGCCCAUUGCUAAGUUAUAGCGAUUUUGCAAUGCCUAUUCCGUUCGUACGCCACUCUGAAGUCGAUGUCCUAAUUAUUGGCGCUGGCCCUGCUGGGCUCAUGUGCGCGAAUGCCUUGGCAUGUGCUAGAGUCAACGUCCGGAUCGUCGAUCAAAGGGCCUUCAAAGUAACUGCUGGUUAUGGUGAUGGAAUUUCACCUCGUACUAUUGAAGUUCUGCAGAGUUAUGGACUUGCAGAGCGCCUUUUAAAGGAGUCUUCCCAAAUACAUUUAAUGGCAUUCUACAAUCCUUCGUCGACUGGCGGCAUCGAGCUUACCAACAGGACACCAGACAUAACAGCUUCGUCUGCAAGGUACCCAUUCGAGGCUGCGCUCCAUCAAGGAGCCAUUCAAGACAUCUUCUUAGAUUCUAUGACAUCGCUCGGCGUCGAGGUAGAGCGAUCGACAAUGCCAACUUCGAUAGAGCUCUCCAAGGAUGAACAUGAGUUGAAGGAUCCUGCAUCUUAUCCAGUUCGUGUUGCGCUCCAAAGCAAAUCCGAGGAUGAAAAACGAGAAGAAAUUGUCCACGCUAAAUUCGUUAUUGGUGGUGAUGGCGCUCACUCAUGGAUCCGCAAACAAUUCAAUAUCACUAUGGAUGGAGAACAGUCUGAUGACAUCUGGGGUGUCGUGGACUUUGUGCCAGACACCGACUUCCCGGAUGUCAGGAAUAAGUGCCUUGCACAAUCUAACUACGGCUCAAUGUUUCUCGUUCCUCGAGAACAGGAUCGAGUUCGUGCAUAUGUGCAACUGGAGGACAAAGAUGUCAUUAAUCCAGUGACGGGGAGGGUGGACAAGGAUAAAAUGGGUCCAGAGCAGAUUUUUAAAAAAUUGCUUGAACCGUACAAGCUUGUCCAGAAGAGUGAUUUUUCGUGGUGGACUAUAUAUAGUGUUGGGCAACGAGUGGCUUCGCAGUUCUCCGUCAAAAAUCGAGUAUUUAUCGCUGGCGAUGCUUGCCACACCCAUUCUCCUAAAGCAGGUCAAGGGAUGAAUGCGAGUAUCAAUGAUACUCACAAUCUAGCUUGGAAAAUUGCUCUGGCUGUUCGUGGAUGGGCGGACAUGUCCCUAUUGUCAACGUACGAAUCAGAGCGUCGAAAAUUCGCAUUAGAAUUGAUCGCAUUUGAUAAAAAAUGGUCUACCCUUGUCUGUGGCCAGCCUUUGACUGAGCAGAACAGCGAUGGUGUUUCGCCCGAACAUCUCGUUAAGGCUUUCCAAACAGACUUUACCAGUGGCAUUGGGAUACAUUAUCACCCUUCAGUUGCAGUGAAUGACAGAUACCAGGAGAUAGCUGGUGGUCUCGUCCUCGGCAAACGCGUUCCUCCGUACAAAUUCAUGCGGGCAGCAGACGCACGACCAUUCGAGCUCCAGGACCUUCUUCCUGCGGACUUUCUCUUCAAGUUACUUGUUUUUACUGGUGAAUUCAACGAUCCGCUUCAGCAAGCAAGGGUCGAGUCCAUGGUCGUGGACAUGCAGAAACGGGAGAGUUUCCUGAAUCGUUAUGUGACGCUUGGAAACUCACCAUUCGACAUCAUCACGAUCAGCAAAGGCCGGAAGGAAACAUUCAAUAUCUUGCGGCUCCCUACGCUUCUUCGCUCUCAUUGGUCAAAGGUGUUUGUCGAUGACACGGAUACCACUGGUAGCUUUGGAGGAGAAGGUUACUCAUAUUAUGGAGUGGGACCCGAAGGGGCAGUGGUUGCCGUUCGUCCUGAUGGCUAUGUUGGAGCCAUCGCUCCUUUGGAUCGCAUUGAAGUCCUUGACGCGUAUUUCGCAUCCUUCAUGAAGAUUCCCGCUUAGUCUCAACGACGAAUCUUUUUGGAAUGCUGUUUCAUCACUGGACUAGUGCUUAGGAU